AUGGAUAGCAACGAUCCUUAUCGACUGGAGCCGUUGAAGACAGAGGUUACGAGCAGUUUGAGAAGACGAAAAGCAGGCACAAGGGAUGGAUUCCUUUCGUCCUCUGAUUCUAUCACGACGACAAACUCGGAUAGGUCAGGGGAUUCAUUGUCUAUCCCAUUGCCAUCUCUACAUGGAUCCUUGAUGAGAACGAGGACUGAGAAAGAUCCAUAUCGAUAUUAUGAGAUUAUCAAGGUCCUGGGGGAGGGUUCUAUGGGAAAUGUCUGCAAGGUUCACAAACUAAAAUCAAUGAUGGGCGGAUCAGCGCGAUCAGAAUUCGUCAAGCAGGAGAAACAAAGAUCGUGGUUGUGGUGUCUAGACUUUGAAUUUCCAUGCUUUGGAAUUUGUCCUAUGUCGAAAAAGGAAGAGACGAAAGAUUCCUUAUUGCAAACGAUCGAGGAAAAUGCGCCGUCUCAAGAUAAGACCACCCCUAUGGUUCCUUCUUCAAUUAACAAUCACAACAUUCGAACAAGCUCAGAAUCAUCACAGAUAUCGACGUCAUCUUCCAUAAUAUCAUACGGAAGAAAAGAUGUUACUUAUGCUUUGAAAUCUAUCCAUGUGGACCGUGUGCGAGACUCGGUUUUCCGCAAGGAACUGAUGAAUGAGAUUAUUAUCCUUCAAACCCUUGAUCAUCCGAAUAUUGUCAAAGCCAUUGAAACCUUUGACUACAAAAACAGAAUGUAUCUAGUACUCGAGCUUUGCUCUGGUGGCGAUCUUUACUCUCGUGAUCCGUAUGAUGAAGAACAGGCGUGUGGCAUUAUAUUUUCUGUUGUUGAUGCUGUGAGCUACAUGCAUAACAAAGGGAUCACUCAUCGUGACUUAAAAUUUGAGAAUAUCAUGUUUGGACAUCCAUCCACAUACUCUGUGAAGGUGAUCGACUUUGGUUUGUCGCGAAAGUAUGCCACGAAGGAACACCUUCACGACACUGUUGGUACGGUGUAUACCAUGGCUCCUGAAGUCUUAAAAGGCGACUAUACAUCGCAGGUGGAUUUGUGGUCGGUAGGAGUGAUCGCAUUCAUGCUUUUAUCAUCGUCAUUGCCAUUUUAUGGAAAGAAUCGGAAGCAGGUGGUUCGUCGGAUUCUUCGGGGGUCGUUCACCUUCAGAGGCGAACGCUGGAAUCCAGUUUCUUCAGCCGCCAAAGAUUUUAUUUGCAAGGCAUUGUCAAGAGCAGCCAAUGAGCGACCUACGGCAAAGGAGGCUUUGCAACUACAAUGGCUCAAGCGACUCCACUCAGAUGUCCCUGUAUCAUGGCUGCUGAUGGAUAAUGUGUCAGCAUCUAUCCGCACUUUUGCAACCUACGGAAAACUGAAAAAAUUGGCCCUUCUUGUCGUGGCAUACAAGUCAACGGAUGAAGAGCUUGGUUUCUUGAGAAAAAUCUUUGACAAAUUUGAUAUCACCAACGAUGGCGAAAUAAGCAUAGUUGAAUUUAAGGAGGCACUGACGGUCUAUCAGUACACUGACGAAGAGCUUGACUUCAUGUUUCAGGCCCUGGACAUAGACUGCACCGGCAGGGUGCAUUAUUCAGAGUUCUUGGCUGGUUCGCUGGAAGCUCACGGAAACAUCGAUGAAGCACGAAUUGCGGAGGCUUUCGAUCGUCUAGACAGUGAUGACUCUGGCUUCAUCACUGUUGAGAAUUUGCGAGAAUUUAUCGGACACAACAUUUCAGGCGAGUACCUUGAUUCAAUCAUCGAAGAAGUGGACCGCACAAAAAAUCACAAGAUUGAUUACCAAAAGUUUCUAGAUCUGUGGAACGAGCAGUCGGCGUCCAAUCUACAAGAUGCGAUGGUUGACGUUUACAAGAGGCGGGAGACAUUCGAGUCUGAAGACCUUGACUUGGACGUGUCUCGUUCUGCCUCUUUUGAUAGUUCUAACGACGGCGAUCCGCUAGACAUUUCAAUUGCGGAUCCAGAAUGUAAGGGAAGCUAUUUCUUUGCCAAGGAGAAGGAAAAAUCGACACGCGGAGUUUGGCUGUAG